UAGUUAAAGCUUCUCCAUUGCCAGCUCUUUCCCUCCUCUAUCAUCCCAUUCGAGUUUUCCAGCUCCGCCGAAGCGCGAAAAAAUGGGCUGCAUCAAGUCUUCUCAGGCCAAACAAGACGGAGGAGGAAGGAGGAUCCGCAAACCGAAACCCUGGAAUCAUACCGAGCCAAUAACGAGGACUCAGCUUGACCAGAUGCGUGAAGAAUUUUGGGAUACUGCUCCUUACUAUGGUGGCAGCAGAGAGAUCUGGGAUGCGCUCCGAGCCGCUGCAGAAGCUGAUGAUCUCCGCCAUGCACGAGCGAUUAUUGACGGUGCUGGAAUCAUAGUUGAAAGUGCUGAUCUGACAACCUGCUACGAUGAAAGAGGUGCAAAAUACGAACUACCAAACUAUGUUCUGAGCGAGCCCGCGAACUUGAUCAGAGAGAGUUAGAACCGAGAGGAAUGGACCCAUCAGCAAGAUUGACCGUAAAUCGCGUACAGAGUAAUUCCCCAACGCAGCUGAUUGUUCAUGAAGUCGCACAAUCAACUUUUGAUUUCAUAUACUGGUAGCCUAUGAUUCGCCCUUUGCUUCUCAUCCAACCUCGACGACGGAGAGAAAGCAUCGGCCUGAAUUUUACUAGAUCCAGACUUGGGUUUCAGGGUGACCUGAUGAUUCAUUGAUUGAUACAAAUUC